AUGAAGGACUCGGAGUGGCCGCAGUUCCGCAAGGAUACCCGCUAUAGCGACAAUUCCAACCUCAACACCUUCCAGACAUGCAUUCCUCGACCAACAUCUUCCAACGAUCGCAAGCGCGUCUGGGUGAUUUACGUUCAUGGCGGAGCUUGGUUCGAUCCCGAGCAGACAGCGGCUACUUUCGACAAGGCACAGAGUUUACUGCUCAAAUCGCCCAUUGUAGAGCACGUCGCUGGUUUCGCGUCGAUCAACUACCGUCUGUCGCCCGCUCCUUCGCAUGCCACCAAUCCUUCAAAUCCCUCGGAUCCAGCACGUAAUGCAAGACAUCCGGAUCACGUCAACGAUGUUUUGCAGGCCAUUCUGCAUCUACAGGAAACGUAUGCUUUCCGAGACCGAUAUAUCCUGGUUGGCCAUUCCUGUGGAGCGUGUCUUGUGUUGCAAGUUGCCAUGAAACGUUAUUGGGGCUCACAGUAUGAAUCUACAUCGGCGCUGGAGAUGAACGUCACUCCUCCACUGGCAAUCCUCGGGAUUGAAGGACUCUACGAUCUUCCAGCGUUAGUAAAGUAUCACGAGAAGCAGCCUUUCUACCGCCAUUUCACAGAAAGCGCAUUUGGCAACAGCAAAAAUUGGGCUGAAGGGAGUCCAACGAGUUCAAACCUGAACCAAAGCUGGGAGGAUGGCAAGUUGGUAGUGGUGGCGCACUCGCGAGAAGACGAGCUGGUAGAGUGGGAGCAACCAGAUCUCAUGCUCCGGUCUCUCUCAUCACAGGGCUUCAAAGACUCUGGGAAGCGGCGGGCCAAGCUUCUCGAGUUGAAAGGGAAGCAUGAUCAGGUGUGGCAGGAAGGUAGUGAAGUCGCGAGAGCGAUAGAGUACACCAUCAAGGAACUGUUUGUGAUGUUGUGA